ACGGUGGCCGUUGAUAGGGUCAGCGUUGGGUCGGCGUUUAAUGCGAGGGGAGUCCUGAGGAGCUAUGAUUUGGUUGCGGCGAAGCCGUUGGAUCAGGAGGGGUUCGAUAGGGCGUGCCAGGUUGCGGAUGUAGAUAUAAUAGCGCUGGAUUUUCCUCUAAAAUUCCGAUUAAAGCAUCCGAUGGUCGAAUUGGCUAUUAAGCGCGGAGUGUAUUUCGAGAUCAAGUACUCUGGCCUUAUUGCUGAUGCUCAAGCAAGGAGGCUAAUGUUAUCAGAUGCCAGAUUAUUAGUGGAUUGGACCCGAGGGAAAAAUCUUAUUAUUUCAAGUUCCGCAAUCAGUGUGAAUGAUAUUAGAGGGCCAUACGAUGUUGCAAAUUUAUCUUCGUUUCUACUUGGCCUCUCUAAGGAGCGAGCCAAAGCAGCUAUAUCUAGGAACUGCAGUUCACUAAUAACUAAUGCCCUGAGGAAGAAAGAUUACAAGGAAGCCAUCAGAAUCGAGAGGAUUGCAUCAGAUGACAAACUGGACUCUGGAAGUGAUUGGUUUGGUGACUGGAAUGACUGGGAUCCUAUAUCUAGUGGAAAAGGUGAUUUGCCACCAUUGGACGAUAUUUCAAAGCUUUUCUCUGCUGUCAGUAAGCAACCUAAAAGCUGUCCUGCAAUUGAUUUCCUGUCAUCUGACAACACAUUUUCAUUGAAGGAUCAUAUCUCUAGCAAUGGAAAAGGCCCUAUAGCAGUGAAUGAAAGGGAAACAAAUAUAUCCUGUCCUAAGAAACCUGUAUCUGGUACCGUCGCAAAGUUGUCUUCUUCUGCCGACGAUGUUCUUGUUGACAAUAGGAAAUCAGUGCCUGUUGCUCCUUUAGGACUAAAGAUUUCUGGUUACGAAGGAAGUAAGGUCUCACUAAGCAGCAGAUUAGGAGUGUUUGCUGAUGCCGAGGAAUCUACCAUGGCUGUAACUGUUUCUAAUAAUGAAACCGUAGAAAAUUCCACUGAAAACAAUGGAGCUACAGAUGCAGCUGGGAUCCCUUGUUCUGACACCCAGUUAAAGUAUUGCACAUUCAAAGGCAAAGAUAGCCUUGUUUCAACUGAUUUUUUUUUGGCAAAUACAUCAACUAUUGAUGAGAUAUCCACUACAUGUGUUGAAGAUGUUAGAACUUCAGAUAGUCCUGGCAUAGUUUCAGUUACUACUGUGGCUCCAAGUGACGUUACAGAAUUAGUGUGCAAAAUCUCUAAUGCUGCAGAUGGUCAUCUAUCAUCUAAUGGUAAAGAGGCAUUCUCUUUGAAGUCCUUAGAAAAGAUUAUACCAGAAGAGCAAAUAGAAGCAACAGGACUUGAAAGAGAGCCAAAUGAUGAAGUUUUUAGUGACAAUGCUCCUCAGAAGAUAGACUUUUUAGAGUCUGAUCCAAGUGGAGGAAUAGAUGGUCAGUUAUCCGGUGCUGUACCUUUUGUAUCUGAAUUGAAAACACUGGAGGAAGAAGUCUUAGUUGACACUGAUGCUUGCAUGGAGGAGGUUUUAGUCAAGCAUGAAGAUCAUAACCAACAGGAGGCUACUUCAGCUUAUGGCUAUAGGCUUAAAUCAGGGAAAGGAAAACAGAAGGGAAGAUCAUGUCAGUCCUAUCCUUUGCCUUUUAAGAGUCCAUUGAAGCGUAAAGUUUUUAAAAGGAAAUCAUGUCAAAGAAGAAGAUCUAUCAGACGUUGUAAGGAUGGAUUUUAAUAUUUUAUCUGUUUUUAGUUGCUCUUUGCCUAUUUCUAUUGAUUGUUUGUAUUGCACCACUCUUCAGUUGCGAUUUCCAUUGGCAAUCGUUGCGUAUUUUCAAGUCUCUAUUUCAAUGUGAGGAAGCUUAUGUUGACAA